CAGAAAUCAAUACUCGUAUCAUGAAUGGACCAUUUUGUGCCACUCAAUCAAUGACAGAUCCAUUGCUUUAUAUCAUUCUUUGAAUUCGAUCUGCUCCUCAGUAUUACCACUAUCGAAGAAGGCAUCCACCUGCUGACGAACAUUCCGUGGCCUAUAUUGCCACCGCCAUCUCCUAUCUGCCUGCAUCUUCACUACUACCACAGUGCAUUCUCUGCAUCGGCCUAGACCCAUGCCAAUGUCAUAAGCGCUUCCGCCAACCACAAACGUGCAGCUCAAGGCCCUUUCCCCUGCCCCUCGACGCUGACAUGGCCUGUUGCAAAACAAUUACACAUUGAAGAGCAAAGGCGUCCGCUCCUUUGUGUUGAGACUUGUUUCCGCACAUUCCUUACGCCGUUCCUCUCCUUCCGCCUCCCCCUGCCAGACUGCGCCGGCGCCAGACGUCGCUCAAACGAAGAGAUGGAUUUGGACGAUGACAAUCACCCCAUGUCUCUCGACAGACCGCUUUCGCCUACUCCCUCGAGAUCCGUUUCAAUAGAUCCCAACCAGCUAGCCGGUCGAUCAUACAAUGCUAGAUCUUCCUCGAUGGAUCCAGAAAGCGAUUAUCCCUUCUCUCCCUCUCAACCCAUACCAAUAGAUCCAUUGCGCUCCUCAAAAUCUCGUCAUAGCAUAUCGCAAGUACGACCGAAACGACUGUCGACGUCGAACAAAGCCGGCAUGCCGCUGAGCAUAUUACCUUCCGCUCCGGCCUCUCCGCCUACUCCUGCACCUUCCCCUACGCCGUAUCAACGUGCUCCAAGCUGGACGUCGGCGGGGGAGAAUGAAGAUGCCUUUCUCCGAGAUGCUAGAGGCCAUUUUGCGUGCCUGAAUGCCGCAGAAAGAGAAAGAUAUCUCGCUGAAUUGUUGAACAUGUGCGACAGUCACCUGCUGAGUUUUGUCCACCAUUUUGUUUCCCCCAGGCUGAAAAAAGACCCCUUCGAGCACCUCCCGGAUGAGUUAUGUCUAAGGGUCCUGUCCUAUAUUGAUGAUCCACUCAGUCUAGCCAGAGCCUCUCAAGUCUCACAUAGAUGGCACAAACUCCUAAAUGAUGACAUGCUGUGGAAGAGAAUGCUUGACAAGCAAAACUGGCGAAAAUCGUCUAGCAGCUUGAGCGACGAUAUCGAACCGCUAUCUCUGCCACAAUCGGCUCAUGGGCCAUACAGCUACGGUCGAUCACCCAAACGGAAUCUUGAUGGUUCACUCAUCGGUCCCUCAAGCAGUGCGCCCAAUUUGACCCAUCCAGCCUCAAAUAGCCUUUCGUCCAGUCCCCGAGCAAGAAAACGGCAGUCACAAUCUCAUUACUCUCACUUCAGACACAAGUACAUGAUCGAAGCGGCAUGGAGAAAAGGUGGUCACAGCAUCAUCAAGCACAUUACACCUGAUCAGGGCGUGGUGACUAGUCUACAUCUGACCGAUAAAUACAUUGUCGUGGCUAUGGAUAAUGCCAAAAUCCACGUUUUCAAUACUGUGGGCGAGCACCAAAAGACGCUGAAAGGCCAUGUCAUGGGCGUAUGGGCCAUGGUUCCUUGGGAUGAUAUUCUAGUCAGUGGUGGAUGUGACCGAGAUGUCCGCGUUUGGGACAUGUCAACCGGCCGAAGUAUUCAUACGCUUAGGGGGCAUACUUCAACUGUCCGUUGUCUCAAGAUGUCGGAUGCAAAUACCGCUAUUUCCGGUUCGAGGGACACGACGUUACGGAUAUGGGAUCUGCCUACGGGUAUGUGCAAGAAUGUCCUUGUAGGCCAUCAAGCAAGUGUACGCUGUCUGGCAAUUCAUGGAGACUUUGUUGUUUCCGGCAGCUACGACACAACAGCACGAAUUUGGAGCAUCUCGGAAGGACGAUGUCUUCGCACCCUGACCGGCCACUUCAGUCAGAUCUAUGCCAUCGCAUUUGAUGGAAACCGCAUCGCUACUGGAAGUCUUGACACUAGUGUCCGAGUCUGGGAUCCGAAAACCGGUAUGUGCACUGCAAUCCUGCAGGGACACACAUCACUUGUUGGGCAAUUGCAGAUGAGAGGCGACACGCUUGUCACCGGUGGAUCUGACGGAUCUGUCCGAGUAUGGUCUUUGCUGACAAAUACUCCGAUUCACCGUCUGGCUGCACACGAUAAUAGUGUUACCAGUUUGCAGUUCGACGACAAUCGGAUUGUCAGUGGUGGCAGUGACGGAAGAGUCAAGAUUUGGAGUGUCGAGACUGGCCAACUGGUGCGUGAACUGAGUCAACCUGCGGAGGCUGUCUGGAGAGUCGCGUUUGAGGAAGAGAAGGCUGUCAUCAUGGCAAGUCGGUCAAAUCGUACAGUCAUGGAGGUAUGGUCCUUCUCACCUCCCGAAGAUCAGUGGGAUCGCCGAUCAGAGAGUCCGAUCAGUCUCCCUGAACAUGUCCCAACGCCAGCGGAAGACGACGAGCCGACACAGUUUCACCAGGACGUUGGUGACGGAGACGCUGCCAUGAGCGACGUAUAGUGCAUGACGAGCCUGCGCGUCUCUCUGUGUACGGCCACGACUGCAACGGCGCCUCUCUAGCCGAUACUCACUUCUUGCAUGAAGUAUCCUUCACCUGCGGCCCGUACUUUUCUUGUGUGGAGUCUACCCUGAAUUGCAACGCGCCUUCGCGUCCCCAGACCGAAAAAUGCCUGUGCACUUGAAUGGCGUUCACAAUCAUGGAUUGGCUCCAUUUCGGGGGAGGCGGAAGCACAAACAUUACAUUGGCGCCUGACGUGGUAUGUCUAUAUUGGUACCUUAUAUUUUGGGCGGCUACAGUACUCAGCAUGGAGUUCUGUUUGAAUCUGAACGAGGCAAUGAUCCCUCAUAAUACCCUCGCGGCCUCUUAGGAGUUUUGAUCUGUUGAGCUUUGGCAUUUUACACGAAGCAUCGGAAUUGCGAUUUGCAUCUUUUUGAAGGGCCCAGUAUUGCUUCUGGAGCAUGGGGCUUGGUGUCACGAAACUGUUCUGAGAUGCACAUCGAUUAUUUUCAACGAGCCUUGACCGGCCGUGGACAGUCACGAAGCUGAUGCUAGUACCACGGACUGCUGCGUAUGCUGCGGCAUGACCUGGGUCAAAGGAUGGGCAUACCGCCGAAAAUGAUAUAGUGUUGUCAUCACAUUAGGCACAUUAUCUACAUGGGUAGCUACGAUAAUAAACCCUUAGGUCCAAACAGGACUGGUUGAACACCAAA